AUGCGUUGCUUGCUCCUUCAGUCAUACAGGUCACAGAUGGUGGGGUUUCUUGAGGAGUUUGACCAUUACUCUUCCUUGGCCAAACUCAUGUCAAUCUACCAAGCAACCAACAGGACAACCUUCAACUGGACAGACAGCCGCAUUGUUGAGUGGGAGAAAUUUGCUGAGCUGGCUAAAUAUGAGCCGGAAUCCCAGAAACCAACAGUGAAAGCUCUCCUCAUCGUGGCGUACUCAGUCAUUAUCAUCAUGUCUCUCUUUGGGAACAUGCUGGUGUGCCACGUGGUGCUGAAGAACAAGAGGAUGCACUCAGCCACCAGCCUUUUCAUCGUCAACCUGGCAGUGUCUGACAUUAUGAUCACGCUGCUCAACACGCCUUUUACCCUGGUUCGGUUUGUGAACAGCACGUGGAUUUUUGGAAAGGCCAUGUGCCACAUCAGCCGCUUUGUGCAGUACUGCUCCCUCCACGUCUCCACGCUGACCCUGACGGCCAUCGCCCUGGACAGGCGCCAGGUCAUCCUGAGCCCGCUGAAGCAGAGGAUGUCACUAACGAAGGGAGCACUGAGCAUCUCUGUUAUCUGGCUGAUGGCAACCUGUUUCUCCCUACCCCAUGCCAUCUAUCAAAAGCUUUUCCAGUACAACUACAGAGAAGCCACUGUCCGGAGUUUGUGCCUCCCUGAUUUUCCUGAGCCCACAGAGCUGGUCUGGAAGUAUCUGGACCUGUCUACCUUUCUCCUUCUCUACCUCCUGCCUCUGCUAAUUAUCACUGUCACCUACACGCGCCUGGCCAAGAAGCUGUGGCUCCGCAACGCCAUCGGAGACAUCACCACACAGCAGUAUAUUGCCCACCACAAGAACAAGAAGAAGAGCAUCAAGAUGCUGAUGCUGGUGGUGGUGGUCUUUGCUGUCUGCUGGUUCCCUCUCAACUGCUACGUGGUGCUCAUCUCCAGUCUAGGCAUCAAGACAAAGAACUCCCUCUAUUUUGCGCUGCACUGGUUCGCCAUGAGCAGCACCUGCUACAACCCUUUCAUCUACUGCUGGCUGAAUGAGAGCUUCCGCUCAGAGCUCAAGUCCCUGCUCUGCAUGUGCCAGAAGGUGCCUCGGACUCAGGACAACGUGCUGCCACCUAUGGUCACGUCCUGCCACGAGGCAUGGAUGGAACAGGCCAGGUACAGGAAGGGACCUGCCUCGCAGACUGUGUGCUCCGCUGUGAACAUCCAGAUGGCCAUCACAGACCUGUGA